AUGUCCAGCCCAACACUCGCACCCAGUCUCCCAACGACUCUCAAAACGGACCGCUUGAUAUUGCGUUUGCUCGAUCCAGACUCCGAAUCAGACUGCCAGGAGUUCGUUGGACUGUACGAGCGCUACAUUACUCGGAAAGUUGGACCUAUACCCAAUGUUCCAACAGUGCAAGACAUCAGACUCAAACAUGAACGCACAAGACCCAAAGCAGAGCUGUGCACAUUGGCGUCUCCACCACGAGGGAUGAUCCAUUUUAUCUAUUUGCAAGCUUUCGAAAACGAUGGCCACAACACGAGCGAUUCUGGACCUCUCGUCGGGCAUGUACUGCUGUCGUUCCGAGAUGAGAUGCCUUUCCCAGACCUUGGCUACUCGAUCCUCGAGGCGCAUGAGGGCCGAGGGUAUGUUUCUGAAGCUGGACGUGAGUGCUUGCACUUCUGGCAUGAUGAAGUCGGGGUGAAGGAGAUAUGUAUUGCAACGGCUGUCGAGAACAACACCGCAAAGCGAAUGGGAUUUGAGGAAGGAGGGCAAUUCACAGUGGUCAAUGGCCACCCACCGAACGAAGAGGUUGAGAAGGCGAAGGCGUUCGUGCUACCUGGGAUGAAUUGGCCUGAUGGGCCUGAAGUGACACUUCAGCGUCCCGCUCGCCGUCAAGAGGCCCAGCUAGACUCUGACAAGCCUCUGUAG